AUGACGAGUCGCGACGGAUUUUCGUGGACGCCACAAGAAGGGCUCAAGCCCGGCGUUCCUUCCUUGGGAGUCAUUCAACCACCAACAAACAUCACCUCCACGGCCAAGUAUGAUCUGAUUGUAGUAGGCGCUGGGUAUUGCGGUUUGACAGCUACCCGCGAUGCUACCUUGGCAGGGCUCAAUGUCUUGCUGCUAGAAGCUAGGGAUCGUAUCGGUGGCAGAUCAUGGUCCUCGAAUAUCGGUGGCUAUCCCUUUGAAAUGGGCGGUACGUGGGUUCAUUGGCAUCAGCCGCAUGUCUGGCGUGAGAUAAGCAGAUAUGGGUUGAGUACGGCACUUGAAAGCUCUUUUGACUUUUCUCGCGGCGUGAACCACUUUCGCCUAAACUCUGCGACCUCGAGUACGACCAGAAGCCACGACGACGAGGAUAAACUUCUUGCUUCCGGUCUGGAAAAGUUUGUCAACGUGGAUGGCGCACACGGACGAAAUAUCAUGCCCCAGCCUCACGAUAUCUUCCACAACGAGCAAUCACGCGUAUUCGACAGCAUGUCGGCACAGGAUAGACUCGACCAAAUUGCCAACGAUUUGACACCAGACGAGCGAACGACGGUAGAGGCUUUUGUGCUACUCUGCAGCGGCGGUACCCUUUCAAACAUGAGCUUUCUCGAGUUUCUUCACUGGUGGGCCCUGUGUGGAUUCACCUACCAAGGCUGUCUCGACAUGUUGAUUACAUACAAGUUCCGACAAGGCCAGUCGAGCUUUGCUCGUCACUUUUUCCAAGAAGCUUCGAAAACGGGACGAUUGUCGUAUUCCUUUUCCACUCCUCUCGCGUCGAUUGAAAACUCGUCGACUGGCGUCAGCGUCACUACCCGAGCCGGAGCGACCUUUACGGCAUCUCGCAUCAUCUGUACCGUCCCUCUCAACGUCCUCGGCACCAUCAGGUUCGACCCGCCACUUGCAAAGGGCAAGCAAGAGGCAAUCGGUAUUGGCCAUGUCAAUCAGUGCGUCAAGGUCCAUGCCGAGAUCAAGAACAAGGACAUGCGUUCAUGGAGCGGUAUUACACAUCCGCAUAACAAGCUGGUAUAUGCCAUUGGAGACGGCACGACGCCCAGUGGGAAUACCCACAUUGUAUGCUUUGGUGCUGCGCAGAACCAUAUCCAAGCCGAGGAAGAUAUUGAGCAGACAAUCAAUGCAGUAGAAGCCUUGGCACCCGAGAUGCGCGAUAUUCAACGGCUAGUGUUUCACAACUGGGCCAAGGACGAGUUUGCCAAAGGAGCUUGGUUCUUUUCGCCGCCCCGAUUGCUUGCUGAUCACCUCGACGACAUGAGAGCUCGACAUGGAAAUGUGCUGUUUGCCAACUCGGACUGGGCAGUAGGUUGGCGCAGCUUCAUCGACGGCGCCAUUGAAGAGGGAACGCGAGCGGCUGCGGAAGUGGUUAGCGAAUUGCUCAACGAGCCUGGAGUAGCCCGCCCAAACCUUUAA